AUGUCCUGUACUCAUCUCGACACUCUGACGCGCCUUCAGCCCCCUAGGCUCUCGAAUUCUGUACACAGAGAAGAGUGUACACAAUGUUUUGACAAUCAGGAUGGCGCUUUGGGCGUAGAAGUUUGCUUGAGCUGCUUCAACGGGGGGUGUCUUGACCCAGAAAGACAUCAUCAUCGCACCCAUGUUCGAAAAUCAGGUCACCCGUUUAGCUUGAACGUGAAGAGGAAGCUAAAACCAUCUGCCCAACGUUCGGAAGACCAAGAACCCCCUGUGAAGAUGACGAAGCUUGCGAUCGUCGAAGAGCGAGAGGAGGACAAGUAUGACCACGCCACUGUAAUCAAGUGUUGGAGGUGUGACCCCGAGAAAGGUUCAGAGAUACCAAACGCAGCAGCGCACCCGAAGGUCAAAUCCCUUGUUGAGGGCGUGAUGCUUUCGAUGUCUUCAGCGCGGCAAUCAGAAGUGAAAGCUUGGGAAGAGGAAAUUACGGCUUGCGAACACACCCUAACGCUCGAACAAUUUGCCAUCGGCCACAUUCCUGCCUCUGGUCUCGCUCAUUGUAACGCCUGCGAUCUUAAAGAGAACUUAUGGCUGUGCAUGACUUGCGGAUCGUUAGGAUGCGGACGCCAGCAAUUCGGAGGCGUUGGUGGGAAUGGUCACGGAUUAGGCCACUUUGAAGCUACACGUCAUCCUGUCAGCGUGAAGCUCGGGACCAUUACGCCCGAGGGCAACGCAGACGUCUAUUGCUACAUUUGCAAUGACUCAAAGCUAGAUCCUGAACUGGCGACACAUCUAUCAACGUUCGGUAUCAACGUUCAAACACUAAAGAAGACCGAGAAAAGCAUGACAGAGUUGCAAAUUGAGCAAAAUCUCGCCUAUGACUUCUCUCUCGUCGGCGAUGACGGAAAAGCACUCGAACCCGUCUUUGGCCCCGGCUUGACCGGCCUCGCUAAUUUGGGGAACAGCUGCUACAUGGCCUCUGUCCUACAAACAGUUUUUUCCUUGCCCAAAUUCCAGACCCGUUACGGCGUCCUCUCCAAAGAGCACAGCGUAUCGUGUACCAUCGCCCUCCCAGCCGACUGCGUGGAAUGCCAAAUGCACAAAGUUGCAGACGGGCUGCUGAGUGGUCGAUACUCACACCCGGCUCCCUACGCUUCCGGGACUCCCUCGCAUCCAUCUGAUCCCCCACAACAUCCCUCUCCGACUCCGGUUUUCCAGCAGGGUAUCAAGCCUACCAGUUUCAAGGCCCUGAUUGGGAAGGGCCACCCAGAGUUCUCCACGAUGAAGCAACAAGACUCCGAAGAGUUCUUCACUUAUCUCGUCACUACGCUGCGCAGGGAUAUGCACAAAUAUCAAGAUCGAUCUGAUCAAGAUCCUACUGCUAUCUUUUCGUAUGGAACGGAACAACGCCUACAGUGUGGGGAUUGUAAGAGGGUGAGAUAUAGGGUGGACAACAUGGACGUUGUUAGCCUGAUCGUACCCGCGACGGAGAAAGGGAAGAAUGAGGAUGGAAAGACGAUUUACGAGGACGUCCUCCUCACGCAGUGUUUGGAGUCCUUGCUGGGAUCUGAGGCCUUGGAGUAUGCCUGCCCGUCGUGUCAGAAAUCGGUGAUCGCUGUCAAGGAGGCGAAGUUCGCAUCCUUCCCCGAUGUCCUUGUCGUACAUACCAAGAAGUACCAAACCACGACCUGGGUACCUACUAAGCUCGACAUACCUCUCAUUUUGCCUGCCGAUGAUGAGAUCGUCUUCACCGAGAACCAUCUCGGGCUAGGAUUGAAACCAGGAGAAGAAGAAUUGCCCGGCGACGCCCCUGCGGCAGCUGCUUUACCCCAAUUCAACGAUGCCGCGAUCGCCCAACUUGAGGGGAUGGGAUUCCCCACGCUUCGCUGCCAAAAGGCACUUCUGGCCACGGGCAACAGUGACGCAGAAGCUGCUAUGGAGUGGUUGUUCUCGCACAUGGACGAUCCUGACAUCGAUGAACCGAUACAGGCAGCUCAAUCUGUCAGAGGACCAGAGCCAUCUGCUGACCAGAUUGCCAUGCUUUCUGAUAUGGGAUUCACGGCGGCCCAGGCCCGGAAGGCCCUCUGGGAAACAUCGGGCAACGCCGAACGCGCAGUAGAAUGGUUGUUCAACCACCCUGACGACACUGGCGAAGAUGCUGCUGCCCCUACUGCAGGCCAACCCGCUCCUGCCGCUGUCCCUGGGUCCAAAGCCGUUCCCGCUCGUUUCAGAUUGAAAGCCUUCAUUUCACACAAGGGGCUCUCGGUGCACUCUGGUCAUUACGUUGCCCACAUCCGGGUUAACGGUCAAUGGUUGUUGUUUAAUGAUGAGAAGGUAGUCAAGGCCGACGAUGAGAGUGUGAAGGAGCUCAAGAAGCUGGCGUACUUGUACUUCUUUGAGAGUGUUUAG